GUGCUGAUGAGGCCGAUGCCGGAGGGAGAGCAGCUGCUCGGGACGGCGGCGACCCACCGGAGACGCGAAGCGCGGCUGGAUGUGUGUUCACACCUCUCUUUCUGGAAAAGAAUUGCGGGAAUUGUCAUCGCUGUUGCUGUGAUUUUACUCUUAUCAUGGAUUACUCUAAAUCCACCAAAAUUACCACAGCUGGAGCCGUGCCCUGAUGACUGGCUAUACUACAAGAAGAAGUGUUACUAUCAUUCAGGAGCCAUGGCAGAUUGGAAUUCCAGUCAGGAGUCCUGCUCUGACUACGGAGCUUCCCUUGCAGUGAUUGACAGCUACCAAGAGCUGAACUUUAUAAUGUAUCGAAUACGCAUAACAGACUUCUGGAUUGGGCUGCGCAGGAAAGGAAACAAAUUCUUCUGGGUGAAUGGAGAGUCAUUUGACACAAACUUAUUUCAUGUCAAUAUCACAAAUGAUGGAGACUGUGUCCAUAUAGAUUCAUCCUUCAUCUCUACCAGAAGGUGCUCCUCACUCAGGAACUGGCUUUGCACCAUUGGUCAGUUUAAUCCCAAGACAAGCUCUUCAUAGGGAACAGCUGGCUGUGCAAAUACAGACACUUUCUCCACGAGAAGUUGGAAUUCAGAAUACUGAAAGUCCUUGCCGUAGGAGGUCCACGGGGGCAAGAGGUGCUGUGGAGAGGAUCAUAUCCAAACUUCUCCAGGAGAAGCAAUACAGGAAGUAAUAGUGACUCCAUGUGAAAGAGGUAAUUGGUUAAGAAGUGGCAGUACCGAGAGGAAACAGCAGCUGUGGCAAAGAACAGAAGUUGCUUCUUGGUAAUACAGUUUCAUUGUUGUCGUGGUUUAACCCCAGCCGGCAGCUAAGCACCACGCAGCUGCUCGCUCACUGCCCCCCCACCCCUGGGAUGGGGGAGAGAAUCAGGAAAAAAAAACU